AUGGAAGAACCACAUAGCACCCAGACCACCGUGGAUCUGAUGAUUUUCGACUACUUCGUCUGCAUGGCCAUCAGCAGGAUCUUCGUAGCGAUACGCCAGGGACUUUCGAUUGAACAUGUUCAAUGGUUUGCGGACAUGGUUGAACUCUUCCACCGGUUGCUUAUUCAUCGAGGUGCCCUAGAGUCUCCUCUGCCCUGGGACUUAGAACUUAAGCUGCGAAUCUUCGACCUAGCCAGUCUCUUUCUGCACUGGGAGCCUCCCAAAGAUCGCGAACUCGAUUUAUUCACGCCUUUGUCCGAUAUUGCAGUUGAUUUCAUGGACCUCUGCCACUCCGCUAUUGACAAUGUAUCCAACACACGCUGGUUCGAUCUGGGGGCCCAUCUCAUGGUUCACGCGAUGCUAGAAGAAGACGUUCGCUUCCCAGACCAACUACGCAGACUCUACAACUGGACAGCCAACGACCUUGAACUUGAUGCGCAUUGGGAGAUGAGCCGUGCAUCGGUCUUGAAGCACAUGCCACCCCCACACGGUACCGCGGGACCAGUCAGCCGAGAGGGGCUUCAUGAGACGUUCUCCAUGGAUUUCCUACAGGAACAUUUCGUCGAGUUCUUCGAAGAUCUUAUGGAGGGGUUAGAUGUACCUGUUAUUCUGCAGCUAGAGUGUGGUCAACUAGAAGGUUUGACCCGGGAGGAGACCCAGCGGAUUCGAGACCAGUGUGGUGUCUUCUAA